GUCUGAAGGCAAUUCAAUUUUAACAGUAGCUGGUGAUGAGUUGUUUCUCAUUUUUAUUUUCGAGAAAGAAGAGAACUUUCUCUGGUGAACAUUCUGUAGAGAUCGAUGAAGAGGUUUUGGGAAUUCAAAACACUAAAAUGUUUACUUACAAGGAGCUGAAAAUGGCAACUGGAAAUUUCCAUUGUUCCAAUAAAAUUGGAUCGGGAGGUUUUGGUGUUGUCUACAAGGGAACUCUCAGGGAUGGUACCAUGGUUGCUAUAAAGGUGCUAUCAGCAGACUCGAAGCAAGGGGUGCGAGAGUUCUUGACGGAAAUAAAUGUGAUUGCAGAUAUAGCGCAUGCAAACCUGGUUGAGUUGUAUGGCUGUUGCGUGGAAGGAAAACAUAGGAUUUUGGUCUACAGCUAUCUUGAGAAUAACAGCCUAGCACAAACACUCCUUGGUAAUUACUAUUGUUCCCGAUUUGUCUUUAAUAUAUGCUUGAAUGAUAAUAACCUAAGGUCUCUUUCCCUUGUAGGCGGAAGAGAUAGCAGUAUGCAAUUCAGCUGGCAAGCAAGGCGUAACAUUUGCAUUGGUGUUGCAAAAGGGCUUGCGUUUCUUCACGAGGAAGUUCAACCACAUGUUGUUCACAGAGACAUCAAAGCAAGCAACAUUCUCCUUGAUAAAAAUCUCAAUCCCAAAAUUUCGGAUUUCGGUCUGGCAAAGCUUUUCCCAGACAACAUGACCCACAUAAGUACUCGUGUUGCUGGAACAACAGGCUAUCUCGCUCCUGAGUAUGCUAUAAGAGGUCGGUUGACUAGGAAAGCAGAUAUUUACAGUUUUGGCGUUUUGCUGUUGGAAAUUGUAUGCGGUAGAUGCAACACAAACAGAAGAUUGCCUGUGUCGGAGCAAUUUCUUCUUGAAAAGGUAUGGAACAUGUAUGGGUGUGGACAACUACUGGAGUUAGUUGAUCCAUCGUUGAACGGAGACUUCAAUGAUGAAGAAGCACAAAAGUUCUUAAAGAUUGGUUUACUUUGCACCCAAGACAUGUCGAAACUCCGACCAUCCAUGUCGCAAGUAGUGAAGAUGUUAAUGGGAGAGGAAGCUGUGAAUGACCAGAAUAUAUCGAAGCCUGGCCUUCUUUCGGAUAUUUCAACCCUCAGAGACCAAAAAGAUAAAUCUAGCAAUACUUCUGAAGGCACAGGCAAAGGAGGCACUUCAUCUUCAUCAUCAGAGAAUAUUCCCACAUCGCAUGCCACAAUGACAUUCAAUUCAAUAUUUGACCGAAGCGAUUAGGUCGAUCUCUUCUUGUUUGCUACUUGA